AAUCACCCUGUUGGUCAGAUUGACUGAAAACUGCACCUCUUAUCAUCGAUCAAUCAUCAACAAUGUCAGAGGCAAAGGCAGGAGCAUGGUCAAACGAGGCGCCGGUCACCCUAGAGGUGCUAAAAAUCUGCCUGCAGGUUAAGGAAACCAUACAGGCGAAGAUUCCUGUCAAUUGUGAUGAUUUCAUUCCUCACACAUUCAGAUCUCAGCUUGUAGCAGGAACAAACUACUUGGUCAAGGUGUUUAUUGCUGGAGAUGAGUGUGCUCAUGUGUGGAUAUUUCAAGAUCUUCCCUGCAAUGGAGGAAAACUGACUGUGCCGGAUGUCCAGUUUCCUAAAAAAUUUGAUGAUCCUCUGAAUCUUCCUAAGAAAUGAGCAUUUGCAGAAUGAGUGUGUGUAACUAGUGUAAGCACAGACACACUGAGUGAUCUGCCAUACUGUAUAGAGGAACUGUUCAAAACUGCUUCAUUCCUCAACAUUAAACUCUCAACUCAACUCC